AUGCCUCCAAAGAAGUUUAAAGAUUUAAACUCUUUCCUUGACGACCAACCAAAGGACCCAAAUCUGGUCGCUUCUCCCUUUGGUGGUUAUUUUAAAAAUCCUACUGCUGAUGCCGGUAAUAGCAACGCUUCCAACAAAAGUAGCUACCAACAACAGCGGAAUUGGAAACAAGGCGGCAACUACCAGAAUGCGUCUUAUCAACAAGGUGGUUACCAGUCGUAUAACAAUAACUACAACAACUAUAAUAACUAUAGUAAAUACAAUGGCCAAAGUUAUCAAAAAACUAAUUACAAACAAUCGGCUGUGACACCCAACCAAAGUGGGACUCCAACUCCAUCUGCUUCUACCACAUCUUUGACCUCUUUGAAUGAAAAACUGUCGAACUUAGAGUUAACACCCAUCUCUCAAUUCUUAUCGAAGAUACCUGAGUGCCAAAGCAUCACUGAUUGCAAAAAUCAAAUUAAACUAAUCAUUGAAGAAUUUGGCAAGGAAGGUAACAGUACAGGUGAAAAAAUUGAAGAGUGGAAAAUAGUCGAUGUUCUAUCCAAAUUCAUCAAACCUAAGAAUCCAUCAUUAGUCAGAGAAUCUGCCAUGCUAAUAAUUUCCAACAUUGCUCAAUUUUUUAACGGAAAACCUCCACAAGAAGCGUACUUGCUACCAUUAUUCAAUGUGGCCCUUGACUGUGUUUCUGAUAAAGAGAACACCGUCAAACGUGCCGCGCAACAUGCCAUUGAUUCUUUGUUGAAUUGCUUUCCAAUGGAGGCUUUAACCUGCAUUGUACUUCCCACAAUUCUAGAUUUCUUAUCAUCUGGUGCCAAAUGGCAAGCUAAGAUGGCUGCUUUGAGCGUCGUAGAUAGAAUAAGAGAAGAUUCGGCGAACGAUUUACUGGAACUAACUUUCAAAGAUGCCGUUCCAGUUUUGACCGAUGUAGCUACUGAUUUCAAACCAGAAUUGGCCAAACAAGGUUAUAAAACAUUAUUAGACUAUGUUUCUAUCUUAGAUAACUUAGAUUUGUCUCCCCGUUAUAAAUUGAUUGUGGACACUCUGCAAGAUCCAUCUAAGGUCCCUGAAUCUGUAAAGUCGUUAUCCAGUGUUACAUUUGUCGCUGAAGUUACCGAACCCUCUCUGUCUUUAUUAGUUCCUAUCCUAAACAGAUCUUUGAACCUAUCUUCUUCAUCCCAAGAGCAACUAAGACAGACCGUUAUUGUUGUGGAGAAUUUAACAAGGUUGGUGAAUAACCGUAAUGAAAUCGAAAGUUUCAUUCCUCUGCUUCUACCUGGUAUCCAAAAGGUUGUUGACACUGCCUCCUUACCAGAAGUGCGUGAAUUGGCUGAAAAGGCCCUUAACGUUUUAAGAGAAGAUGACGAAGCCGACAAGGAAAACAAGUUCUCGGGAAGGAUGACUUUAGAAGAAGGUAGAGACUUCUUACUUGAUCAUCUCAAAGGCAUUAAAGCUGAUGAUUCCUGUUUCAUCAAGCCUUACAUGAAUGACGAAACAGUCGUCAAGUACAUGAGCAAGAUUUUGACCGUGGAUUCUAACGUUAACGACUGGAAAAGGCUUGAAGAUUUUUUGACCGCAGUUUUUGGUGGUUCAGAUUCACAAAGAGAAUUUGUCAAACAGGACUUCAUCCAUAACUUGAGAGCAUUAUUUUAUCAGGAAAAGGAAAGAGCAGAUGAGGACGAAGGUAUUGAGAUUGUCAACACUGAUUUCUCCUUAGCUUAUGGUUCAAGAAUGCUUUUGAACAAAACAAAUCUACGUCUUUUAAAGGGCCAUCGUUACGGUUUGUGUGGUAGGAAUGGUGCUGGUAAAUCUACUUUAAUGAGAGCAAUCGCUAAUGGUCAGUUAGAUGGAUUUCCUGAUAAGAACACAUUACGUACCUGUUUCGUCGAACAUAAAUUGCAAGGUGAAGAAGGUGAUUUAGACUUGGUUUCUUUCAUUGCUCUGGAUGAAGAAUUGCAAUCUACUUCUCGUGAGGAAAUUGCCAAUGCUUUGGAAUCUGUCGGUUUUGAUGAAGAGAGAAGAGCUCAAACCGUUGGGUCUUUAUCUGGUGGUUGGAAAAUGAAGUUGGAGUUGGCAAGAGCCAUGCUACAAAGAGCCGAUAUUUUAUUGCUGGAUGAACCUACUAAUCAUUUAGAUGUCUCGAACGUUAAGUGGUUAGAAGAAUAUUUACUGGAACAUACUGAUAUUACAUCAUUGAUUGUUUCUCACGACUCUGGUUUCUUAGAUACAGUCUGUACUGAUAUCAUUCAUUAUGAAAACAAAAAAUUGGCUUAUUACAAGGGUAACUUAGCUGCAUUUGUUGAGCAGAAACCUGAAGCUAAGUCUUAUUAUACUUUGACCGAUUCUAAUGCUCAAAUGCGCUUCCCACCCCCAGGUAUAUUAACGGGUGUUAAGUCCAACACUAGAGCAGUCGCUAAAAUGACUGAUGUCACUUUCAGUUAUCCAGGUGCUCAAAAACCUUCCUUAAGUCAUGUCUCCUGUUCAUUGUCUCUGUCUUCUCGUGUGGCCUGUUUAGGUCCAAAUGGUGCUGGUAAAUCCACAUUAAUCAAGUUAUUAACCGGUGAAUUGGUUCCAAAUGAAGGUAAAGUGGAAAAACAUCCAAACUUACGUAUUGGUUAUAUUGCUCAACAUGCGUUGCAACACGUCAACGAACAUAAGGAAAAGACGGCUAAUCAAUACUUACAAUGGCGUUAUCAAUUUGGUGAUGACCGUGAAGUUUUAUUGAAAGAAUCUAGAAAAAUAUCCGAAGAUGAAAAGGAAAUGAUGACAAAGGAAAUUGACAUUGAUGAUGGUAGAGGUAAGAGAGCUAUUGAAGCUAUUGUCGGUAGACAAAAGUUGAAAAAAUCUUUUCAAUAUGAGGUCAAAUGGAAGUAUUGGAAACCAAAAUACAAUUCUUGGGUUCCAAAGGAUGUUUUGGUUGAACAUGGUUUUGAAAAAUUGGUCCAAAAAUUCGACGAUCAUGAAGCCUCCAGAGAGGGUUUGGGUUACCGUCAAUUGAUUCCUUCAGUUAUCACCAAACAUUUCGAAGACGUUGGUCUAGACUCUGAAAUUGCUAACCAUACUCCACUAGGUUCCUUGUCUGGUGGUCAAUUAGUCAAAGUCGUUAUUGCAGGUGCUAUGUGGAACAACCCUCAUUUACUUGUUUUAGAUGAACCUACCAAUUAUUUGGACAGAGACUCUCUUGGUGCUUUAGCCGUUGCUAUUCGUGACUGGAGUGGUGGUGUUGUUAUGAUUUCGCAUAAUAACGAAUUUGUUGGCGCUUUAUGCCCUGAACAAUGGAUUGUGGAGAACGGUAAAAUGGUUCAAAAGGGUACUGCACAAGUUGAUCAAUCCAAAUUCGAAGAUGGUGGCAAUGCUGAUGCCGUUGGCCUAAAGGCCUCUAACUUAGCCAAACCAUCUGUCGAUGACGAUGAUUCCCCAGCUAACAUCAAGGUUAAACAAAGAAAGAAGAGAUUGACAAGAAAUGAAAAGAAGUUGCAAGCUGAACGUCGUCGUCUACGUUACAUCGAAUGGUUGUCAUCGCCAAAAGGUACACCAAAACCAGUCGAUACUGACGAUGAAGAAGAUUGA